CUUCGUACACCUCCACACACACACACACACACACACACAUACACAAAGAGGAGAGGGAGAGCAGCUUGUCCUCCCACCACUCAGCCAUGAGUAGCAUCGGAUAUGACCCCUACUACUCCUCCUCGUCAUACAGACGCUGGUAUGUCGAGGCACCCCCUCGGGUGGUGACCAGAGGGAGGACCCACUCCGGCUACUCCUCCCAUGCUUCCCCGCUGUCCUCCUCCCGCCUCCAGUAUUCCUCUCCCGGACGGGUGCUGCUCUCCUCCUCCUCUCCAGCCUCUUCAGUGGAGCUGGAGCUCAGCCAGGCCGCCCAGAUCAGCUCUGAAUUCCGCGCCGUACGCACCCAAGAGCGCGGCCAGCUGCAGGAUCUCAACGACCGCUUCGCUGGCUUCAUCGAGAGAGUGCGUGAGCUGGAGCAGCAGAACCGUGCUCUGGAGGCAGAGCUGCUGCUGCUGAGGCAGAGGCACGCUGAGCCGUCCCGUCUGAGAGCUCUGUACGAGCAGGAGGCCCGGGCCCUGAGAGCAGCUGUGGACGAGGCGAGGGCAGAGCAGCAGGCUGUGCUGGGACAGAGAGAGCGGCUGGAGCAAACCCUGAGCGCCCUGCAGGGUCGAUAUGAGGAGGAAGUGCUGGGUCGCGAAGAGGCCGAGGGCAGGCUGAUGGACGCCCGCCGUGAGGCCGACCAGGCUGCCUUAGCCAAGGCUGAGCUGGAGAAGAGCGUCGAGACCCUGCUGGAGGAGCUCGCCUUCCUCAAGAGGAUUCACGAAGGGGAGGUGGUGGAGCUCCAGGCCCAGGUCCAAAUGGGCGUCCAGGUGGCGGUGGAGUCUGAGGCCGCAACUCCUGACCUCUCUGGGGCCCUCAGGGACAUCCGGUCCCAGUACGAGAGGCUGGCAGCAAGAAACAUGCAGGCAGCAGAGGAGUGGUUCAGAGGGAAGGUCGGCUCCAUGACCGAAACCGUGGCCCAGCACAGCGACGCCGUCAGGAGCUCCAAGGACGAAGCGGGAGAGUACCGACGCCAGCUCCAGGCCCGCCUGCUGGAGAUCGACGCAUGCAGAGGCCUCAAUGAUUCCCUGGAGAAACAGCUGAAUGACAUGGACGACAAGCAGAGGGCUGAGAUCGACGCUAUGCACGACACCAUUGCAGAGCUGGAGAAUGAGCUGAGAGGCACCAAACAGGAAAUGGCACGAUACCUGAAAGAGUACCAGGACCUUCUGAAUGUCAAGAUGGCUCUGGACAUCGAGAUUGCUGCAUACAGGAAGCUUCUGGAAGGGGAGGAGUCUCGCUUCAGCGUAGGAGUGGCUGGGGGCGUGUCCAAUCUGUACAGCCACAGUUAUUCCACGCCCUCCUUCGGCCGGCCCGUCCUCUCCAGCAUGAGCUCCGGCACCUCCUAUCUGGUGACAUCACGCCUGCUCAGCUCCAGCCUCAGCACCACCGAGGGGAUCAUCUCUGCCAGCCACGCCCAGCCGGCAGAGGCCAGCCCGCCCGCUGAAGAGGAAGAGGAGGAGGAGGAGGAGCAGGCAGAGGAGGAGGUAAAGGAGGAAGAGGAGGAGGAGAAGGAAGAAGAGGGAGGAGAGGAGACAAAGGAGGAAGAGGAAAAGGAGGAGGAAGAGGGAGGAGAGAAGGAGGGAGAGGAAGAGAAAGAAGAUGAAGAAGAGGCUAAAGGAGAUGAAGAGGCCGAGGGAGAAGAUGCAGAGGCGAAGGAGGGAGAAGAGGGUGGUGAUGAAGAGCAAAAGGAAGAGGUGACAGAGGCUGCCGAAGAGGACGGGGAGAAAGAGGACAAAGGAGAAGGAGAGGAGACUGAGGUUAAAGAGGAAGCACAAGAGGAGGUGAAAACAGAAGGAGGCGAUGACAAAGAGGAGGACGUAAAGGAGGAAGAAAAAGAGGAGAAGGAAGAGGCAAAGAAAAGUGAAGACAAGGAAGAUAAAUCAGAUGCCAAGAAAGACGACAAAGCUGAUGAAAAAGCCGAUGAAAAAGCCGAUGAAAAAGCUGAUGACAAAGCCGACGACAAAGAUGACAAACCUGCUCCGAAAACAGACGACAAAGCCGACGCCAAAAAGGAGAAAGAGGAGGUCAAAGCAGCCAAACCUGAAGCUGCAGAAGAGAAGAGCACAAAGGGUAAAAAGUAGGCCAGUUACCUUCGCAAACUCCAGUCAAGACUGUCCAUUUGCUCGAUAACCAGUAGAGGCAUCUAUGCUAUCCUGUCAAAUCUGCUUGUUAACGUGGUGCUCAAUAAAACAGUCCAAUAGCCAUUUACAGCAACAAAUCAAGGUAAACUGCUUGCCAAUAUCCAGAGUAGAGCAUAACGGUGUGGUUGCACACUUCCUGAUGAAUGUAUUAUGUGUAAUUGCUGAAUGCAAAUGUGAGCGUGUGAGUUUUUGGUGGUUAAAUAAACACCUCUUAAAGCCA